CCGGAGCAGUGCCGGCCCCGCUUUGGGCCCAACGGGGGGACCCGGGGUCACAUUCCAAGAUGGCUGUGCCUGAGGAAUGCAGUGGGUGCCCCCCUAAGACUCCUGCCUCCCUCCUUUUUUAUUAAUCGGUCCCAUUUGCCCGUUCUAGCGAAAAGAAACUUCCUUUAUUGCUGCUCGUAGUGAAAUAAUAUAAUGGAUUAAGUGUUAGUUGGUGAGAUACAAAAUACAACAAGCUAACGUCGAGGGAAGGCGCCAAGAUAAGUCCUAUCACAAAAGAGAGAGAGAGAGAAAAAGGUCGCACAUUCAAAAUCUGGGCCUGUUUUUCACGCCAGCUCGCCGUGUUGCAGAUGAUGCCCAUGCCAGAGGAUGCUACUAGCUCGUCUUAAACAAUGUCUCAUAGGGAUAUCUCUGAGGUGGAUCCCGAAGGUACGUCGACCUUGGCCGCUGGAUCCAAGGCAUUAUUCUUGGAAACGGUGCGCAGGAGUAAUGCGGCAUGCCAGAAUGGAGAUUACGCACUUGCUGCAACAUUGUAUACGGAAGCCCUCGCCUUGGAUCCCCUCAGUCAUGUAUUAUACUCAAACAGAUCAGCUGCGAGACUCAAAAUGGGAUUAUUUGCAGCUGCGUUACAGGACGCUGUCAGAGCCACCGAACUGAGCCCACAAUGGCCAAAGGCGUACUAUCGGCAAGGAGUUGCUCUGCAAUGUCUAGGACGUCACGGAGAGGCUCUCGUUGCCUUCAGCACGGGAUUAGCUCAUGAUGCGUCCAAUCAUCAAUUAUUAUCCGGCUUAGUAGAAGCAUCUCUAAAAUCUCCUUUACGACCGACCUUAGAACCAACGUUUCAGCAAUUGCGUGCGAUGAAGCUUGACGAAUCCCCGUUCGUCGUCAUAUCAGUUGUCGGCCAAGAAUUACUCGGAGCUGGACAAUAUAGAGCAGCUGCUGGCGUGCUCGAGGCUGCUCUCACAAUCGGUUCGUGUAGCCUGAAACUAAGAGGAUCCGUAUUCUCCGCUCUAUCUAGCGCGUACUGGGCAUUGAAUUCUUUGGACAAGGCAAUAAAUUACAUGCAACAAGAUUUGGGAGUGGCACGUUCUCUAGGAGAUACGCAGGGCGAGUGCAGAGCCCAUGGAAACUUAGGCUCCGCUUAUUUUAGCAAGGGUAGUUUCAAAGAGGCCUUAACGGCUCACAGGUAUCAACUUGUUCUGGCUAUGAAAUGCAGAGAUACGCAGGCUGCGGCUUCGGCAUUGACCAGUCUGGGACACGUGUACACGGCAAUCGGCGAUUUACCGAACGCUUUAGCCUCUCACAAGCAGUGCGUACAAUUAGUGAAACAGAUGGGCGAUCGACUACAGGAGGCUCGCGAGAUUGGCAAUGUCGGAGCGGUUUACUUGGCGAUGGGUGAAUUCGAAAGCGCUGUCGAUUGUCACACGCAACAUCUGAAGAUAGCCAGACGGCUAGGUGAUCGUGUGGAAGAGGCGAGGGCUUUUAGUAAUUUGGGAUCUUCUCAUCAUUAUCGUAGAAAUUUCGGGCAAGCGAUGACUUAUCACGAAAACGUUCUGAGAAUAGCGCAAGAACUCGGUGACAGGGCUAUAGAGACCAGAGCAUACGCAGGAUUGGGCCAUGCCGCUAGAUGUGCAGGUGAUCUGGGGCAAGCCAAGCUUUGGCAUCAAAGACAGCUUGACGUCGCGUUGGUCACGAAAGACAAAGUGGCUGAGGGACGAGCUUGCAGCAAUCUGGGCAUAGUAUAUCAAUUGCUUGGCGAACACAAUGCCGCUUUAAAAUUACAUCAGGCGCAUUUGGGAAUCGCGAGAUCAUUAGGAGACAAAGCCGGUAUGGGUAGAGCCUAUGGUAAUAUCGGCAAUGCUUACAAUGCUUUAGGUUACUACGAACAGGCUAUCAAGUACCAUAAGCAAGAGUUAAUGAUAAGCAAGGAGGUUAACGACCGUAGCUCGGAAGCUAGCACGCAUGGAAACUUGGCGGUCGCCUAUCAAGCUGUGCAAGGUCACGAGGCGGCAUUGAGACAUUAUCGAGCUCAUUUGGCCAUAGCGCGCGAAUUGAAGGACACGGCUGGCGAGGCAUGCGCAUUGUUAAAUCUCGCCAAUUGUCUUUCCUCGCGCGGCAAAUUCGAGGAGGCAGUGCCUUAUUACGAGCACUAUCUCAUGCUAUCGCAAGAGUUGCAUGAUGUGGAAGGAGAAGCUAAAGCGUGCCACUUUCUGGGAUACGCUCACUAUUGUCUCGGAAAUCAUCGAGAAGCAGUGAGAUAUUACGAUCAGGAUUUAGCGUUAGCGAAGGACUUGCAGGAUAAGUCUGGAAUGGGAAGAGCUUAUUGUAAUCUAGGAUUGGCUCACUUAGCGCUGGAAAACUUAGACACUGCUCUGGAAUGCCAGAAAUAUUAUUUAGCAAUCGCGCAUAUGACCAAGCACCUGGCCGGUAAGUUUCGCGCUCUGGGAAAUAUGGGCGACUGUUUACUACGCAUGGGAGAAGCCGAGGAAGCUAUCAAAAUGCAUCAACGUCAAUUGAACUUGGCACGUCAAGCCACCGAUCGCAGCCUGGAAGCGGCCGCUUAUGGCGCUUUGGGAAUCGCUCAUCGAGCUACGAAAAACUUGGACAAGGCACUCGGUUUUCACACGCAAGAGUUAACUCUGAGGCAAGAAGCCAGCGACUUGCGCGGCGAAUGCAGAGCGCACGGCAAUUUGGGCGCAGUGCACAUGGCACUAGGACAGUACACUCACGCGGUUAAAUGUUAUCAAGAACAGUUGGAAAGAGCGAAGGAACUAGCGGAUUCUGGAGUUGAAGCUCAAGCAUUAGGAAAUUUGGGUAUAGCUAGACUUAAUAUGGCACAUUACGAGGAUGCCAUUGGUUAUUUCGAGCAACAAUUGGCAACUUUGGAGCCGCUAAUCACCGGUACAGCUUUACUCGACAAAACUCGAGCACUCGGAAACUUAGGAGAUUGUUACGAGGCCUUGGGUGAUUUGGAAGAAGCUAUCAAAUGCCACGAGCAACAAUUAACAGCCGCAACAAAAUUGAAAAGCUUAAGAGAUCAAGAGAGGGCAUAUAGAGGAUUAGGAAGAGCUCGCGAAGCUACCGGAAAUUUACCGGAAGCUUUAGUAUGUUUCGAAAAGAGAUUAGUGGCCGCUCAUGAAGUGGACAGUCCCGAAGCGAGAGGUGCUGCUUAUGGGGAUCUAGGCAGAGUACACGCUGCGUUGGGUAAUCAUGAACAGGCUGUCAGUUGUUUAUCUCACCAAUUGGCCCUCGCUCGCGGAUUGGGUGACAAAGCGGCCGAAGCCGAAGCAGCGAGUGGAUUAGGAGCGGUACAUCUUCUGAUGGAUGAUCCAAAUUCUGCAUUACGCCAUCAUCAAUUAGAACUGUCGAUCGCUGAGGGUCUGGAUGCCGCUGGAUUGCAAGCUCGCGCUUGUGCUAAUCUGGGAGUGACUCAAGAGACUUUAGGGCAGUAUGAAGAAGCUAUAAGAUUGCAGGAACAAUCAUUGAGUUUGGCGGCUGCAGCGGGAGAUCAACCUGCUCGAGCAGCGGCUUUCACGAGUUUAGGGAGACUUCAUCAUCUAUGCGGCGAUUUACCUCGUGCUCUAAGUUAUCUACAGUCAGGUCUGUCCCUAUCUGAAGGUUUGGGCAGAAGGGAAGAAGUCGCAAGAUUGAGACACAGACUUGGUUUCGUGCACUGGGAAGCUGGAGAAGCGAGUAUUUCCGUGGAACACUUGGAGAAAGCCGCGAAUUUAUUAGAAUCAUUAGAGGGAACUUCAGUGUCUCUUACUUGCGGGCAACUCAGUCGAAUCGAGUUGCUGUCAGAGACGUACACAAUGUUGCAAAAAGUACUUAUCAGCCUGAAUCGAGCAGAAGAGGCUCUGAAUUGGGCGGAAAGAUCCAGACGUUCAAAGAGUAAUUCUCUGGAUGAUACGGCUCAUUAUUCGGAGAUCAUUGAUCGACAGCGCGGAAUUAUUUUAUAUUAUAGUGAGGUGGGAUGUGAAUUGCACGCAUGGUGCUUAGCACCAGGACGCGGAUUGUUACGAUUCCACUCCGCAACAUUGGAAGACGGAGUAGGUCUAGAGAAAAAAGUGCUUCAAGCGCGCGAAGCACUCCUGGAUGAGAGCAACGAACUCAUUGAAGAAUCCACCAAGAUCCCAUCAAGGGGUCAUCACUUGAACGCCAGUUCUUAUAGUUUGAGCAGUCUCUUCAGCGUCGGUUCCGUAAGCUCUCGUGCCGGAAGCGCACGUUGGGGACGAGGCGCGAAAGGACCUACGUGGCAGGCACCGUUACCGAUACAAGUACUAUACGAUCUUCUUCUUGCUCCGUUCGAGGAUCUGCUACCGCCACCGCGAAAGGAACUAAUCAUGGUAGUAGAAAAGUCGCUUUACUUGGCGCCAUUCCCGGCCUUGCAGUCCAAUCCGGGUGAAGAUUAUCUAUGCGAGAGAUUUUCGUUGCUAGUAGUGCCAUCCCUCGCAGCUCUCAGAAAAAGAUCUAAGACACCUGUACUGGAAGGUGGUGCUACUGUGGCCGCGCUGGUCGUCGGGAAUCCCGUACUACCGGAGGACAUUCGAGAGGAGUAUAGUUGGCCAGAGAGCGUCGCUUCCACUGAAACCGAAUCUGAAAUAGUCGCCGAAUUGUUAGAAGCCCGCGCGAUGACCGGUCUCGAAGCUACCAAAUCAGCGGUUUUACGAUCUCUACCGGAUGCAGAAUGCGUUCAUUUGACGGUGCCAGUCUUCUGGAACACCGGCAGCUUGGCGUUUUCACCCGAUCAGUGCGAAGAGCCAUCCGAAAGACCGGAAUAUCUCAUAAAUCAGGCGGAUUUGCUCAGAUUGAAAAUGUCCGCUCGUUUAGUAGUCGUAUCCAGAGGUCACGGUUGGAAUAAUGUAGAGUGCACGAAUGCUACAUCGGACGGUAUACAAAAUCUCGCCAAGACUUUAUUAAACGCGGGUGCGCAAUGCGUACUGAUAGGAAUGUGGGCAGUACCGCCAACUGCUGGUAGUAUUCUGUUGCGGGCUUUCUAUAGCGCGAUGUUGCAAGGCGCGAGAGCGUCGCGUGCACUGGCCGAGGCGAUGCAAACCGUCCAGCAUACUAGACAUUUCGCUCAUCCCGCUAAUUGGGCCGGUUGGCUACUCAUUGGCGGAGACGCGAGAUUAUCCAAUAAGGUCGCACUCAUGGGCCAAGCAUUGGCAGAAUUACUGCGUGGUGGUCCCGAGCAAAGUAGAGACGCGCUGCGAGUGACACUUCAUCUGGUGGAAAAAUCGUUGCAGAGAAUUCAUCGCGGACAAAAAAAUGCAAUGUAUACGACUCAGCGCAGUAUUGAGAAUAAAGUGGGCACGGCCACCGGUUGGCGAGAGCUUCUGAUGUCCGUGGGAUUCAGAUUCGAACCAGCCGGCAAUGGAAUACCGUCAUCUGUGUUCUUCCCACAAAGCGAUCCCGAAGAGAGACUAACGAGAUGCAGUGCCAGCUUGCAAGCUCUAUUGGGCUUAGGUCAAUCGUCGUUGCACGCAUUAGCUAGGCUUUUACAGGCACCAGAAGCUGCAGAAGAUGUCAUCGCUGCCAUGAGAAGAGCUAGUUGUGCCACAGAAGGACAAGAAGUUAUUUUACCUGUAUACGUCUGGAGAGCAUCGGGAUCGCAUGAACUGUUUGCUAGCUUAGGUUUCGACUUGAUGGAAGUUGGACAAUCGGAAGUGACGUUAAGAACAGGCAAACAAGCCUCACGUAGAGCCGUCCAGUUUGCUCUUCAAGCUCUUCUUGCAUUGUUUGAUACACAAGAAGCACCAAAAAGUCUUAGCUUAGAUUCGAGCAGUUCAAUGGAAAGUUUAGCUUCCGUGGCUCAUACCGAGAAAAAUCUCGAACGACCUCGACUGGGAGGAGCAUUCACAAGUUAUGUACGACAUCGUGGCGAACCAGAUGGAAAAACUAUGGAACCGUCGAAUGUCUUGAUACCAGCGACACGACAGCCGUGUCCAAAUGGUGGGGGUGAAUCAGACGUAGCAUUCACACCUAGUCCUCCCGUGGCGCUCAAUUUAAAUCAUCAAACGCGAAUUCGGAAUCUUUAUCCCGAUCAAAAUUCAUUAAGACCCGGCUCGAGCUCGAGCAGUUCAGUGACAGAUUGGGACAACGGCCAUGCCACUGUAUUGAGACGUCAGCCGCUACCGCCGUUGCCGGCUACCAUGCUGGAAAGGCUGAGCGUAAGAACGGAAGUCGGAACGUCCAAUUCAUCGCGGAAGCUGCGGCACUCCGCGACGACCAGCGAGGAUAUCUGCAAUUCUCAGACUGAAGUGCAAUCUACAGAAACGCAUCCGCCAAACUUACGGAACCUGGCCACCUCCCUGACAAGUCUGACGCGCGAGCUCACGCCCACGAUCUCCGAAGUAUAUCACGAGCGAAAUCUGGGAUUAGGUUUAGCGCCGUCCUUGUCGAAGUUAUUGGAGGAGGUAGGCACCGUGCCCACCGAGAAUGAAGAGUCGCAAUCGACGAAAGCGAUGGAUCACAAUCAGACGCAAAAUUGGAUACAAAACGAGCCGGAGCUCUGCCGGAGAGACGAAGCCGACGGUAGAUCUAUCGCCGAGUCGCAAUGCAGCGCCGCCAGUUCGAAUAAAAUACCUCGGAAGGCUCCCGCACCACCGGUAUAGAUUAUUUAUAUUUAUAAAUUAAAACGUAAUUGUAUGCGGGAAGAAUAUAGUACUGGGUACCAAAGAAUGGGAGAUACACGCACACAUCGGAGAACUGAUUGCUGCCGCUGGCAGUAAAUAAUCGACGAAGAGAAUAUAAAUUUGUAUUUAUCAAUGUCUUCAUAUUCGAACUAAAAUACUUCGUAAAAAAAUAAACUAGCAAUCUCAUAAAUGCUUUAAUAUACACUAGAUGCAUUUUUGUACACAUAUUUGUUUUUCGUACGUAUUGAACCUCGCGGAAUAAUAUGAGCUCUAACACGUACGAGGACGACAUAAUUUCGUUAAUAAGGGAUAGUAUAUGUUUAAAUAUAAUUGUAAUCCGUCCAAACGUUUAUAAUUAUUAACGUUUUUAAUUAUUAUUUAGGGCAAAAGAUGAUCGUACAUGAAGUUUAUACAUAUGUUGAUCAGUUAAAAGAAUCCAUUUCUCGACAUAUUCGACUUCAAUAUACAUGAUCAAUACUCGCUUGUUUAUGAUAGCUUUAGUUGCACCAACAUCCAAACUUUAAUUCGACUAUUACACACAUAUUAUGCAUGUUAAUUUUAUGCAGAGAACGAUAGUUAAUUCAAAUCAUAUACCCUAUUGCAUCGACAACUUGCUUACCAUAGUAUUUCAAAAUGUACACAUACAAAUUCUAUAUAUUAAUUUUAAGAAAAAUUUAAGAUAAGCUGCAAUACUUCUUUUGGUUAAAAAUUGUGAAGGGAAGUAUAUAUUUCGUUGAAAAAAUAUCUUAUUCAAAAGAAUGUCAAUUUAAAAUUCUACUUUUUGCAAAGCGACAUCGAGAGAUAAUAAAAAUCAUGUAAUAUUAAUUUUUUCAAUAUAUAGACAUAAAUAUUAAAAAUUUAAAAUAUUAACGUUGCUUUUAUCAUAUUAUGAUUUUUUUUUCAUUCUCUUAUAGAAACUGGAAAAUUAUAACAACAGACUGAUAAUUUAAAUAAUAGAAAAUGUGUGUGAGGAUAUUAAAAAUAAAUUAUAUAUAUAAUCAUAAAGUACAU